GCGUUCGUUACCACAGAAAAGUUUACGCGUCGAAAAACAUAGUACCAACUAUUGUUCGCGAGAGCACCUAUAACGAAAUAUAGCUGCUAGUGAACGCGACGAAAAUCUUUAGUGCCUAAUCCGCAGCCACAUCGUGAACGAGUGACUCUAACUACGUAAACGUGGUACGUUCGUCGGUCAAAAAAACCAUUGUUGCCACCCUAUAAGUGUCCGUCCGUAGGGUACCGCGUAAUCGGAGUGCGUCGCAGGAUCUUCAGUAACGGAUAAACCACUAGCACUGGAAUCUGAGGGAAGAGAGAAAUCCGGACCACCAUCGCGGGAGUCAACAAUGCUGAAAAUUAUCUUGAUAUUCGCACCGCUAUGUCUGGGUAUAACCACAAUCCUCGACUACUCACACUCUCAGUUGAUUCCGAUAAAGACAGGAACUUCAGCAAUGCAGAACGGAACUUUCAAAAUUAUUCACGUAUUUGACAUUUCAGAAUAUGAAAAAAUCUCCGGAACUUUCGAAGAAACCCUUAACAAUAUAAGCAGCAUGGAAAUGGCUGGCCGGUACACCGGACCAUAGUGACCACGAGGUUUUAAUUACAAAAAUUAAUGAGCAAUUAGAAAAUAAUAAUAAACAAGUAGUUAUCAAUAGAGUAUUGCAAGAUAGAAUCAAUGAAAUAACACAAACCUCAAAUAACAUAAUGAAAAUUGUAAAAGAUCAUUCUAAUAUUCAAGAGGAAAAAAUCACGUUUUUUAAAUACAAACUCCAAAUCUUUAAAGACGAUUUAACUAAUUUAAUUCAUGCCAUAGACUGGGCAAAAACAAAUACAAUAAACUCAAUAAUAUUGUCAGAAUCCGAAGUCAAAAUAAUAGAGCAGAUACUAGAAAGAGAAAAAAUCAUGUUCUUAAAUGCAGAAGAAUUGUUAGAAUUUAGCCAAAUAAAAAUCGCAAGUAAUGGAAAAAAUAUACUCUAUAUAAUCAACAUACCUUUAAUCUCAAAUGAAGUUUGUACAACCAUGUUAAUUAAGCCAAUUAAAAAAAAAAAUUAUAUCAAUGAAAUAAAAUUCGAAAAUAUUGUAAAAUGCGAAAAUUCAAUCUAUGCUAUAAGAGACUCAUGUGAGUCGCAUAAUGAAAAAACAAUUUGUAAUAAAAAUAAGUUAGUCGACUUAAGAAAUGAUACUUGUACUCUGUUACUAUUAAAAAGCCAACCUCCAAACUGCCGUGCUAUCAACAAUCAACACGUACCCAACCACGAACAGCUGUUUGUCGGAACAAUAUUGCUCAACGAUUUCAAUGGAUCAAUCAAGAUCGACGAAGAGGAAAUAGAACUCCAUGGUACCUUCCUGGUACAAUUCGAAAACUCCACGAUACGCAUCGAAGAUGACAUAUACGAAUCAAAAGUAAUGUCCUUCGCAGAAGCCACCCCACCGCUAUUUCAAAUCAUGGCGAAAACAAACAAGAUCGACGAAGUCCUUUCACUGCAAAUGCUCAAGGAAAUAAAUCUAAACAACACAAGAAAAUUAGAAACCCUAAAGAGCAGCAACGAUAUAAGAGCAACAAUCAAUAUAACUCUCUCUGGAACUCUACUGAUAAUUAUGGCCAUAGUUGGAUAUUUGCUAAAACGAAAGACCCCAGCCACCACAGGCCAAGUCACAACACCCGAAGCAGAAAAGAGAGAAAAUGCUCAAGUUUUCUAUAUUGCGACCGAGGACGUCCGCAUCCAAGGGGGGAAGAGUUAACGACAGACCCUACAAAAGGGCAUUGCACCGGCCCAAUUAUAUCACGGCUCCAGUGCAUGCACUUUCGACACGUGCGCUUUGUCAGCUGAAUACAACAGCAACACAACCGCAACCGUGGGAGCCUAUCGUCAGCAAUAUUAAUAAGAUCAAUGCACUUGGCCAAAACACAUUCUGGUCAACGUGCGCAUUUCCGCCACGAGCGCCGAGUCAGCGCACCGAUCAGCAACCACCGUGAGAGUUAUCGUGUCACAAGACACCUAUUCAGCAGCAACAGCAGUGACCACGGCGGCAGCGACGCCAAUAGCAGCAGCGGCAGCUUUCAUAUAAAUAUUACUUGUAUAAUUAUUCUUAAGUUAGUUCUAAUCCAGCUCCGAAAGUAAAUAAAUGUUUUUUU